AAGAAUAAUGUAAUAACACUAGUAGCAGUAUAUAUCUCCAGGUAUGGAGAGCAUUCAGAAGGAUUCAUCUUGCGUAGCUUUGGAAGUUUACACUGCAAUGGAUGCUCCUAGUAGAUUGUUCAUCAGGUCAGGUUUAAAUGGUUGCUGCAGGAUGAUACAACUUGUGUUGUGACAGCAACUUGGUUAAAAUAAGGUCUAGAAAACUACUUCAGAUGUAGAAACCAGUACAACAGGGAUGUAAAGAUUGGUAAAAGGAAUCUCAUCUCCAGAGCUAAUUGCCAUCUCUGGAGUUCCCUAAUCAGCUCUCUAUAGGGAGUCCUUGUGAGCUCUCAAAAAUCCUGGUACAUGUUUUAUGUACGGGCACCUUUGUGUUUUGGAUAUGGGUAAGGAGGUGAGAAAACUUCACUUAAAUCUUCAGUGUUCCUCAAUUCAUUAAUUGUGCUCUUGGUUUCACAUGUUACGUGGCCAAAAUAAGCCCAAUUAUCAUAAUAUUCCUUUUUAAAAGCACAGUUGAAGAGAGCAUUCAAACUUAGCUUAAAUACUCUGGAUAUCUGAUAGCGACAAGUAAGAAAUUUUUAGGAUUUAUGAUAAUACUUUGUUUUCUCAUCCUAAAUAAGAUAGUCAUCAACAUAACAUACAUCAAUACAGAAAUACGCCAAUAGUUAAAUACACUAUUGCAACUAUUUGUCUGGUUCCAUUUGGUAGCUUCAAGUUUUUGUCUUUAGGACAGAGUGAUUGUUAUAGUAAUUCUAGAAAAGCUAUUGUUGAAAGUUAUGGGGAAGGAGUCGAUCUAUUAAGAACAGGAACCAGUGCCUAGUGCUACAAGGUGUAUUGAAAUGUAUCUAUUGUCUUAAAUUUGGUUAUGAUAAUAAGACCUAAGAGUAUCUGCUUGGUUUAAAGAGAAGACAGAGCACUAGGCGUGUUAUUCAGCAGUCUUGAGGACUAGCUCUGUGUGAAUAGUAGCAGUUUAAUGUUGGUUUCUAAGUUAUGCAAUAGGUGUUUAGAAGAUACAUUUUACAACUUUACAAGUUUAAGAUUCCAAUUUUAAUUAAUUUUUAAUGUCCUCAUCUUGCUCUUUUUCCUAAAUUAUUUCAGUGAUAGCGGUAAUAAAAUUUGAUUUUAGUCACCAUUGGACAGAUCUGUGGCUAUUUUGCUGGAUAGUGCAUGAUCAUACACGUGUGUUCCCCUACACUUACUACCAUAUUUGAAUGGGUGCUGAUAUGUGCAAAUCAUUGUCCUCUGUAUAAAGAUAUUUGGAAGCCUGGAUUAGUGGAAUGUUUUUCUAUGAAACCAGCCUAUUUAAAUCCAAUUAGAGCAUCUUGUUGUUUCUAUAGUUAUGCAAAUAUAUUGCACCUUUACUCUAAACAGUGCCUUGCACAAAGUGAUGUUGAGAUUGGAUCACUUAUAGCACCCAAGCACUAUUAAGUGAUGGUCCUUUAUCAUGCAGUAUAAUGUGUUUUAUUGAUGUGUGUGGUGUGCUAGGUAUACAUAUUUCUUCAUUGUAAUGUGUGGGCCCAGUAUUAGCCAGUAAGAAUAAUGCAUUAUGCAAAAAGUAAGAAGAACCUUUUAAAAAUGCCUACUGUAUUAUCCAAAGGAAUUAGCAUUUGCUAGAUUGCCAGUCAGCCAAGGUUUUACAAGAGUUAUUGUCAUUUUGAUUUUCGGAUGAGUCACUUGCUACAUUGCCCCCAAAGGCACCUCGUUAUGAUUCAGUGCACAGCAUAUAAAAUUGCUCAGGCUUUCGGGGCUCCAUGGAAAGCGAGUGGGGGUUGCGGUGGCUCAGCAGCGUUGUGAAGCAGCAGCAUUAUGCUUAAUUGACACCUUUGAUGUAGCCCUAAGACAGCACCUGCACCUCCCACUGCUGCUCUGAAGACGUCAGCCUUACGCAGAAAAGGCUUCUGCUUAUGAAUCCUGCAUCGCAUUCAGCUCACUCUGUGAGCAGCCCCAGCUAUCCUUAACUAAUCCCAUUGCUUCUCAGUUUGGCUACAGCUUGCCUUAGUACAGAGCAGGAAUUUUGCUGCUUGCUCUUACCAGGUUAAACAGUCAGAUUUUGUCCAUGUUAGAACUCAUAGAAGUGAAUGGAACCCCUGGUAGCCAACUUUCUACUCCCCGCUCUGGGAAGUCUCCAAGCCCAUCUCCCACCAGCCCAGGAAGCCUACGGAAACAGAGGAGCUCCCAACACAGUGGCUCCUCUACCUCAUUAGCAUCCACCAAAGUUUGCAGCUCUAUGGAUGAAAAUGAUGGCCCUGCAGAAGAAGUGUUGGAGGAAGGUUUCCAGGUUCCAGCGUCGAUAGCAGAGCGAUAUAAAGUUGGAAGGACUAUAGGAGACGGAAAUUUUGCUAUUGUGAAGGAGUGUAUAGAAAGAUCAACUGGUAGGGAAUAUGCUCUGAAAAUAAUCAAGAAAAGUAAAUGUAGAGGAAAAGAACACAUGAUCCAGAAUGAGGUAUCUAUUUUAAGACGAGUCAAGCAUCCCAAUAUUGUACUUCUGAUCGAGGAGAUGGACAUGCCAACUGAAUUGUACCUUGUCAUGGAACUUGUAAAGGGAGGAGAUCUUUUUGAUGCUAUUACUUCCACCAACAAAUACACAGAGCGGGAUGCCAGUGGGAUGCUUUACAAUCUGGCCAGUGCCAUCAAAUACCUUCACAGCCUGAACAUUGUCCACAGGGAUAUCAAGCCGGAGAAUCUACUGGUUUAUGAACACCAAGAUGGAAGCAAGUCCCUGAAGUUGGGAGACUUUGGCCUAGCAACAAUUGUGGAUGGACCUCUAUAUACUGUCUGUGGGACCCCAACAUAUGUAGCUCCAGAAAUCAUUGCUGAAACUGGAUAUGGCUUGAAGGUGGACAUCUGGGCAGCGGGUGUGAUUACUUACAUCCUGCUCUGUGGUUUUCCUCCAUUCCGUGGAAGUGGAGAUGACCAAGAAGUGCUUUUUGAUCAAAUUUUGAUGGGACAGAUGGAUUUUCCAUCUCCAUAUUGGGACAAUGUUUCUGACUCUGCAAAGGAACUUAUCACAAUGAUGCUUCAAGUAGAUGUAGAUCUGCGAUUCUCUGCCUUGCAAGUUCUUGAGCAUCCAUGGGUUAAUGAUGAUGGCCUUCCAGAGAAUGAACAUCAGCUCUCAGUAGCUGGGAAGAUAAAGAAGCAUUUCAACACAGGCCCUAAGCCGAACAGCACAGCAGCUGGAGUUUCUGUCAUAGCAACCACCGCUCUUGAUAAGGAGAGGCAGGUUUUCCGACGAAGACGCAACCAGGAUGUGAGGGGACGUUAUAAGGCUCAGCAAGCUCCACCCGAACUCAACUCCGAAUCGGAAGACUAUUCACCAAGCUCCUCCGAGACUGUUCGCUCACCUAACUCACCCUUUUAAUAAAACACUUUUUCUCAAAAGCCUUGGCUUUAACCCUUUGAGACCCUGAAACUACUUCAGGUCUGUGUGGAGUGGAUACAGCUGAUCUAUCCAGCAAUAAAAGCUGGGAUGGGGGAACACAAAAGGGUGCUCACAGAAUCUUUGUAAGAAUAAUUCCCUAAUUGAUUGAAAUACUUGUUCUCUGUUUAGAUUGCAACUUGCUGCUAAUAAGAUCCUCAAAGGGUUAAGGCUAUUUUGCUUUUUUAUUUAAAGAUAGAAGCAGUGAAUGUUUUCAUCAGUGGAGCUAGGAACUGCAGUAUGUAAUUUUAGCACAUGUUAACCCUCUGAGUAAAUGAUCACCUUAAAUCUUGACAACCCAUAUUAGGGUUUUAUUCUGGCUUUUUUGCUUUUAUACGCACAUAUCUUUUAUAGUAUCCUGAAGUUCCUUGCCUGUUUCUGGCCAAAAAUAUAUCAAAUGUACUAUUGCUUAGGAAUUAUAAAUAUAGGCUUAAAAAUGAAAAUAAAAUUAAACAAAUGGUAUCUUCUGCAGCAGCUCAUUCCAAACCUGUAUUGUAUUUCCACACGGAGUGACUGUUAUUGGAGGAUAUAAUGCAGGGCUAAAUGGGAGAUUCAGUUUAGGUCAUUCUCAUGGUUUACAGAAGAUGACAUGAUGGUGGCCACAAAAGAUUGCUUCCAUAUAGUUUGCUGCUAAUGAUAAUGUUGAGUUUGGGGAAAUUGCUUGAGGACAUGUUCUGCCAUGUAAUAGUAUGUAAUGAUAUAGUUGAGAAGUUCCUGGUUCCUUUGCAUCACAUUCAGGAAUGCACAGGCAUCCUCUCAGCAUGACCUGGUUAUUCUGGCAGAGCCAUUUAAAAAGAUUAACACUGAUGAGCAUCACCCUUUAAAUAGCUAGAGUAUUUCUAAAUUGGGGAAAAUACAAGUAAUUUAAUAUAUAUGUAAAGCCUAAACAGAAUUAGCAGAAGUUUUGUCUUUAGAAUGGAGAAACUAAAAAUGAUUCACCAGUUUUAUUUGUAAUAUUUAAUAAAAUGGGCAUUUACACAGAGUAUAUAUAUAUAUAUUACUGGUUUGUUAAAACCUCAAGACAACAUUAUAGCUUUUUAUUUGAUCAUUAUCAUAAGUUGGCUUCCACAGGAAUAUUACAGUGGGUAGACUUUUGCUCCAGAUGUGAUAAUCUGAAAAAAAAGAAAAAGAUGGCUCAGAAUUUCACUUGAAUGAAAGAAACAACUUUCAAAAUCAUGUUCUAAAAUAAAAAACAUUGUAAAAUUUAUAGUUUCUCUUAUUGCUCAUAUAAAAUGGAAGUUUUCUCCUCUAAAGUUAAAGUUUUCUCACAGUGUCUUUUUAAAAGUCACAUGGUUUCCUCUCUCUCUUUCUCUCUUUCUAUCUCCUCCUCAACCUUGCCCUUUAUCUUGCCUUUAUUCUUUCUUCCUUCCUUCCUUCCUUGCUUUUUCUUUCCUGUUAUACAGCCAGAAGUAUCAAUAUACUACCCAAAAUGGCAUGCAGAUAUUCUCAGCUUCCUGGGAAGUAUAAAUAAAUUUUUCAGGAGCAGGGCAAGUUGCCCACAGUCUCGUUCCCAUUCUGAGUGGUGUUUGUUCACAGAACUGUCCGUAUGAGCAGUUGUGGCACUCAAUGUAUACCUGCAGCUGGUGGGGGCUAGUGUAAAGCUCUUUGCACUUCUAGAUGGAAGUAUCAGUUGAACUGUAGCUCAAGAAACAUUGGAAUUCUGUUUCUCCAUCCUAUGGAGUGAAUCUUUCAUUGCCUCAGACGUGAAAAUUUAUGUAUUGAAAGCUCUGAAGACUUUAAACACGGGAAUUUAAUCUUGUGGAUCUUCACACAAGUGGUAUAAGUAUUCCAUAUAUAUAUAUAUUUAAUCCACCUCAUACUGAUGAUCUAGAAGUGAGAUAUUUAGUAGAAACUAAUUCUCCAGACUUUCUGGGUAAUACAGAGAAAUAAGCAUUCCAGGUUUGAUCCAUCUCACCUGAUAUGGGAACACAUUUUAGGCAGGACUCAUGCUUUGAUUAGCCUAUUGGUCUCACUCCAUUGACUGUAGAAGGAACUGCUGGUAGAAGCUUACAUCAGACACCAAUUUCAGAUUAUGAGUUUACUAGAAAUUCACCUAAGCCAUCAGGAGACUGAUCUCUGAAUGCAUGUCUGUGGACAGAAGGCUUGUGUAAGGCCCCAGUUACUCUGUCUGGAGCCUGAGUAACAACAUUUUAAAGCAAGUGAAACAAAUAAGAGAACUCCUUUGGGGCAGGAGGUGAAGGGACAAAGGAACUACCAUACCAAAGUUCUCAGAUUUUAGGUUUUGGGAAAGGGUUGUAUCUGUGUGUCAGAUCCUUCUAUAACCAUCCAGCCCUCGACUCAUGGAGAAAAGAUGCUCAGUAGAUAGGGAGCAACCACUGUCAUAUUAAUGGUUGUACAUUCGUAACGUUUGGAUGGGACAAGGAUGUUUUUUUCCAUAGGAUCAAAACCUCAGUCAAGAUAAAGCCUUCCUUGCCACUUACCUAUCCUAAUUUACAGUAGGUCAGAAUCUGGCACAAGUUUGACCAGCACUGCCCUUCCCACAUUUUAUUACAGCAUUCCCUUUAGAAGAGAUACAGCUCAGCCAUGUAAAUGUAAGACAUACAUGUGGUAAUAAAAAGUGUCCAUUAAUACCACAUGCUCCUUGACAAUUGUGAAAAUUUGGCAGUCUUAAAGCAAAGGCCAGUGUUCAUUCUUCUUAAUUAGAGAGGGAAGUUGGAAGAAAAAAAAAUAUAUUUCACCUUAUGCAUGAGAAAUAUUAUUCAAAAACCCAUCUGGGAUUUUCCUAUUACAUUUUCUUUGCUUUGGAAUACAGGGUUAUCAUUAAAGUAAGAUGUUUGGCUCCUUCAUCUUAGACCAUCUUGUAUUACUUAAAAUGUAUGUAAAAAUAAUCUUAGAUCCUGAAAAUCCUACUCAUCCCCAACGUCUUAUGUUUCUGAUUGUUGGUUCAUGUUUUAUGAACAUAACUACAAAAAUAUUUCUUUAAGUUAUUUUUAGGUUUGUGAGAGACUGGGUUUCAAAUUGCUGAUAUCCUAUUUUAGGUUUCAAGGAAAGGUAUCCGAAUAUUUGAACUGUUUCAAAAGAGUUUCCAAUGAUAAUUUAAAAUACAUCCAUAUACCCAUAGAUAUAUACUUUAAUAUAUCCACAUAUAUGUGUAUAUACUUAUGGUUUCAUCAAAGUUAUAAUGGUUUAGGCUUGUUUGGCAGUGACUGCCAUUUUUUUAGUCUAACCUCUGAAUUCUUGGGGGUGAGUGAAGACAGAGUAUGUGGCCCUAUAAAUAUUUCAAACACCAAUGAAAAAAAGAAAUCAAGCAUAAUAGACAAUUUCUAAUGUGAAAAUCUGGGAGAGCACACCAUGGUCAUUUUACUGUAAUACAGACCAGUCCUUCUGACUUCUUUCCUCAUUUCUCUUUUGAAUCAUUGGCUGGUAUUGCUGCUAAAUGUGACAACAAUUGUUUUAGCUAGCAGAGAUGGAUGGCAGUUGUGGUAGGCACCAUCUAUCACCGAGGAGAUGGAGAUGAGCACUUCCGAAGGGUGACUCAGGUCAUCUAAUGUUUGCUCUCUGGAGAUGCCUGACAGCCUGAUCUUAGUAUCAGCAGGAAAGUAGAACAGGGUCACUUCCAGCUUAAUUCCUCUCAAUUAAAUAUAAGCAGGGAUUACGUGGACUCUAACCUAAGUGGGAUAUUCUAGUGAGCUUACAUGCAGUAAGCAAACUUUGAUGUGAAAAUGAAAAUGUAGUAUGGGCUAGCGCAGGAUUAGCUAAAAGGUAGUGAGCUGGGAAUUGUCUCAUCUAGAUGUAUCUGUCUGAGUUAAGCAUCUAAUAUAGGGCAGUAAUCUAAGCUUCCCAUACAGGUGCUAGAGACUGGUUUCUCUAACAGAUAAUUAAAAUUCUAGGAUGGAUUAAUCACUUAUGGGAUGAGGUGCCUAGCACAGACAUAUUUAGAACAUGAUUUAUUAAGUCAUGACAUAUAAAUUAGUAUUUCGGUGAGUUAUAAUUUUCACAGCAUUAAUGUACAAAAAAUCCAGAAUACUAUGGUUCUACUCAGAGGGUUAACAGAAAAGCACUAGGCAUGCUGAUUACAUUGGUGUAUCCAAACUGCUUUGCUUUUUUUAGCCAGUGUUUGCUGAUUUUUUCAGAAAAUUCUUGAAAAAAUUCAAGUUUGAAAUAAUUUAAGUGUUGUUGUUUAAGGAAUUUCUAUAACCAAAUUAAUCUUAUUUUUAGCUCAAGUUAUCACAGGAAUAAUAUGUAUCAUUGAUGCAGUGUAAGUCUGUAGUUACCAAUUUUAUUAAUUCCACAAGUGAUUCCAGAAAUCGCUCUUUUUUUAAGUACUUAUUAUAGAGCUUACAAUGGUGGCAUAGGUGACUGAGACUGUCUUUCUUAUUGGUAAACAAACAAUAUUGUAAUUUCAAGAAAAUCCUAAGAAUCAGCUUUUCAGUUUGGUAGUGUACUAGUUAGGGGAAAGCUAUCUCAUUACAUGCAUUGUGUAAAUCAUCUUUGUAGAUGAAGAUUGUUCAUAUUAAUGAACACAUUCUUUUUUUCCUUGACAUUGUAGCAGAAACUGUUUACUUGUUAAUGAACAACCAAUACAUUAAUUUGCUUCAGACUGUUAGAGGGGAAAGUGAGAUUCCAGUCAUUGACAAUGUUAUUGCUUUACAAUAGCCCUCAUCUAAUUUAAAUGUGGUGCAUACUACAGUAAGCAAAGCCAAACCUGUGAAUAAACUCCUGAAAAAGC